AGGUUUGCAGUAGUUUUUCUGAAUGUGGUAUUCCUAGUUUCUUGGUGUCUGUUUGUAUUUGCACGAGCUUCAGCCUCGGAAAUGCUCCCGGAAUCAAUGGAUGUUAUUGUAAAUGGCUGAACAACUCUGUACUGGUUGGCUACACAUCGUUGCAGGCUCCUUGGAGAUUGAGGAAUGCACUUCUGCCAUCAUGAUGGAAGGAUUGAAAAAACGCACAAGAAAGGCCUUUGGCAUACGCAAGAAAGAAAAGGACACCGACUCCACGGGAUCACCAGACAGAGAUGGUAAUAAAAAGACAAAUGGCGCUGCAAAUGGAUUUUAUGCAGAGAUUGACUGGGAGCGAUAUAAUUCUCCAGAGAUUGAUGACGAAGGCUACAGCAUCAGGCCGGAGGAUUCAUCCUCCUCCCCCAAAGCAAAGCACUUUUUUUCAUCCAGCGAAUCAGAAGAGGAGGAAGACCAUCGGAAAAAGUUUAAAAUUAAGAUUAAACCUUUACAAGCUAAAGACGCCUUAAACUGUACAGCAGCGUCUGUAGAUGUACUAAAAGCAUCCAUAGGCAACAUCGCCCUGACUCCAUCCCCUGUGAAGAGAAGUUCGAAGCAUAGCCCAGGCCUGAUAAAAAGACACUUGUCAAGGGAAGAAAUAGCACGACCCAGGCGAUCCACAGCAACACCCACCCCCAUUGCAGAGCCAGUCAGUAAGAAAGCACUAGAGGAUCAUACAGCUCUGUUCGGCCCACCUCUGGAAACAGCCUUUGAGGCACAGAAAACUGAAGCUGUAAUAGACGAGUCUGAAGUGUGGGGUGUCCCUAGACCAAGUGAGCAAAAUCAGGAGGCCCCAUUAUCAAGGCCAUUUCCAACUGGAACUCCGCCUCCACUUCCACCUAAGAAUGUUCCAGCAACACCGCCUCAGACCGGUUCACCUUCAACAGAUGUCACAGAUGGAGCUGUUUCAAAAAGUCCCAAGACUGAGCCUGACACUGACGUCGUUACAUGGCAGCCGACUUCAAAUUCACUCGAGGAUCCUUCGGUGAAAGCAGGCAGAGAUCGCAAACUGCCAUCUAUCAGCGACUUGGACAACAUCUUUGGACCAGUAGAAUGCCCAAAACCCCAGGCAGAGAGCACAGAGAGCCAGUGGGUCCAUUUUUCGGAUGAGUCCCCAGAACACAAUGAUGCUGCUGCUGCUGCUUCUGCCACUGCUCCUCCUACAACCCCUGCCCCUAUCCCAGCCCCAGCCUCUGCCUCUGCUCUUGCUCCUGCUCCUGCCCCAGCUCCUCCAGUGGUGUACCCCAAAGACAAACCUGUGUCCCCACUGCCUGUCCCCCUGAUCCCACCCAUGCCAUCUGAGACCAAAGCAGCUUCUCCCCCCGCUGAGCCCACACGCAAUAUCCCUCCUCCCCUGAACUUAAAUGGGAAGAGGAGUUCCGACUUGCCUCCAGGAAAAGACCAUGCCGUCGAAUCAACAGCAUCUCCCAAAGAGUUUGGGCAGGGUCCGAGAGCCACGCCCCCUCCGCCUCCGCCCCCCACCUACAGGACGGUGGUGUCCUCCCCGGGACCCUGCUCGGGGACGAGCACUGGCAGUGGUUCUUCUUCCCCUGCUCGUCCUACCACCCCAUUGGCUAGCAGCAGCCCAACCCCGCCCCCUCCUCCUCCGCGGCCGCCCUCCCGACCCAAACUGCCUCCUGGGAAGCCCGGUGCCGGAGACGUGCCCCGGCCAUUCAGCCCUCCCGUCCACUCCUUCAGCCCGCCCCCGGUGGCGCCUCUGGCUCGGGCUGAAAGCACGUCCUCCAUCUCAUCGACUAACUCCCUGAGCGCGGCCACAACGCCCACUGUCGGUAAAGAACUCUCCGUUUGCGUUUCAGAGAAUGACCAGCCUUCCUUGGUAUGGUUUGACAGAGGAAAGUUUUAUUUAACCUUUGAAGGCUCUUCCAGAGGGCCCAGUCCUCUGACCAUGGGUGCACAGGACACUCUUCCAGUGGCUGCAGCUUUCACAGAAACUGUAAACGCAUACUUCAAAGGAGCUGAUCCCAGCAAGUGUGUUGUGAAGAUUACGGGAGAGAUGGUGCUUUCGUUUCCAGCUGGAAUCACCAGGCACUUUGCCAAUAAUACCUCCCCAGCUGUUCUAAGAUUCAGUAUAACAAACUACAGCAGGCUGGAGCACGUCCUGCCUAACCCCCAGCUUCUCUGCUGUGAUGCCACACAAUCAGAUGCCAACUCAAAGGAAUUCUGGGUUAACAUGCCAAGCCUGAUGACACAUUUAAAGAAAGUGGCCGAGCAGAAACCACAAGCAACAUAUUACAAUGUGGAUAUGUUAAAAUAUCAGGUAUCUGCACAGAGUAUUCAGUCCACCCCCCUGAAUCUGGCAGUGAGUUGGCGAUGUGAGCCUGCCAGCACUGACCUCCGAAUAGACUACAAGUACAACGCAGACGCCAUGACAACACCUGUCGCUCUGAACAAUGUCCAGUUUCUAGUCCCAGUAGAUGGAGGGGUGACCAAACUACAGGCCGUGCUGCCCCCUGCUGCCUGGAACUCUGAACAAAGGAUUCUGUGGAAGAUCCCUGACAUCUCUCAGAAGUCUGAAAAUGGAGGAGUGGGGUCUCUGCUCGCAAGGUUCCAGUUAUCCGAGGGCCCCAGUAAGCCAUCUCCAUUGGCAGUGCAAUUCACAAGCGAAGGAAGUACAUUGUCAGGCUGCGAUAUUGAGCUUGUCGGUCCAGGCUACAGAUUUUCGCUAAUUAAAAAGAGAUUUGCUGCAGGAAAGUACCUGGCUGAUAACUAAACAAUGACUAACUGCAAUGCAGAAAAAAUCUACUCGUUGGAUUGGAUGAAAUAAUAAAGGACUUUAAUCGUUAAAGUAAGAAAAAUAUAAGGAAGAAAACAGCAACAACUUUUAACACUUCAUAUUCUACAAGUAAUGCAAGGUGACCAAUCCAGCAGUAUUAGAACUUAUAUAUAGAAUUGUCAACAGUUUUAAAGUGUAAUUAUUGUAUUUGUAAAAUGGAUUCAUUUCACAUCUGUGUUGCAGCAUUUUACAUCUGUAUUGCCAUCUAGGUUAGACUUGGUGUGUGUGUGUGUGUGUGUGUGUAUAUAUAUAUAUAUAUAUAUAU